AUGGACGACGCUUAUUCAAAUCGACCCACUUCUCCAAAGGAUAAGAAAACAACCAUAGAAUCGAUGAGACAUGAGAACAUGAAUUACAUAGAUCGUCGAAUAUUACAAAAAUUAGUAACUUAUACAAUUGAUUUUAGAACUGCUUCUGGUUUGGAUCGUUACUUUUUGGAGAUCGAGGAUUGGCUCGAUGAAGAGAAAUCAUUGCAUUAAAACACUCCCUUGGUAUUGGAAGCAGAUGAUGGAAUUGGCAAGAAAACUCUGUUAGUCAAAUGGAUGGAAUAUCAUGCCAAAAACAAAAAAGGACGUUAUUAAGAUUACAUCAUUCCUCAUUUCGCUACCCAAUCAGGCAAGAAUAGCAAUUACUUUUUUGCGAUCUACCGAAUAUUAAUUAAAUUAAGAGAGACCCUCAACAUCAAAUAGAAAGUCGAAUUAGUGGAGGAGAAGCUCCGUAGAUACUUCCAUUAUUGGUUGGAAAUAUGCAGUCGAGAAUUGGAAUAGCAAUUCUUAAAUGGAGCCAAAGUCAUUUAUGAUAAAGUCAUCUUGAUAUUCGAAGGAAUAGAUAACUUCAGAGACAUGUUAGAUGUUCAUAGAGAAGCCAACGUCUCCUUUUGGUUGCCUAAAUACUUCCCAAAAAACAUUAAAGUUAUUGUAACUGCUGAAAAAAAUUCUAAUUCUAUGAGAAUACUCAAACCUUCCUGUCAUGUGAUUCCCAUAACUUGUGAUCCCAAAGUAAUCAAAAUCAUGGUCAAUGGCCAUUUUGCUAAGCAAUCAUUUCUUGUAUUCUUUUAAUCUAUUCCCUUAGUCGGAUUAAAGAGUGCAAACAAUCCAAGAGUUAUUCAUCCAAUUGCAUUACAAAGUCAGGAAUUAACCACUCUUCGUAAGGAGCUUCAUGACAAUGGCCUAGUAGAAUUGAAGGAUAUUGAUAUUGAUGUUGUUGAAAACAUUUUAAAAGAAUUAAAUUUACAGCAAAUCAAGCAUUUCAGAACUGUUGAAGAAUUAUUCACAUUCCAAUUAAAAUUCUUUAGUGAGAGCUUUAUUUUUACUCCCAAAACCCCAGAAUUGAAAUAAGAUCCAAAAUUCAUUCAACUUAUCACUGUUCUUGCGAUUACAUAAAAAGGAUUGACUUUUAAAGAAAUCUAAUCAGUUUGUGAAUUUGAAGAUAAACAAUGGAAAUUAUUCUUACUUUUCUUUAAGAUAUUCCUAAUGAAACAUCGAGAAUUAUGGAUUAUUCAUAAUGAAAUAUUCAAAAAAUGUGUUAUUAAUUGUUAUCACAAUGAAAAAACAUUAUAAUUACAUGACAAAAUUGCAGAAACAAUUAAUAAAUACACUAAUAAUUCAAUUAGGAAAUUAGAAGAAGAAACAUUCCACUUAUUUUCAGCCAAAAACUAUUUCAGAUUAAAAGAAGUCAUCAGCAUUAUUGAGAACUUCUUAUUAUUAUUCAACCCUAAUAAUAAAUACGAUCUCUGUAGAUAUUGGCAAAAAUUAGAAGAAAAUGGGUUUGAUCCUGUAUUAGAAUAUAAUAAGGCAGUAGAAGGUUUCCAAAUACAUUAUCAUCCAAGUGCAGAGGAUCUCUUUAGAAUCAUUAUUUAAGUCUCGAGAUUUCUCAAAGAAUUUGGAGACUUUGAAACCAAAAAUACUCCUGUCUUUAGACACCCUCCCAUUAUUGGAGUCUUAUAAGAUUUAUUCGAUAUAGGAUUGCUCUAAGAAAUCUUGAAAUUAGAUUUGUAUUUCAACAAAGAUCCAGAAUUAAAAUAAUUUGAUCCUGCAAAACAUUUAAAAAGAGUGGCUAAGGCAAUUAAAACACCUGCUCUUACUAAGAUGGAGUCUCAAAAUGUAGAAAUACAAUAAAAUAGAUAUGAAGUCAGAAAUCACUAUUUAAAAUAAAUGAUAAAAUCAAGUGAGACAGAACCUGAUGAAUAGGAAACGAUUUAGACUUUAGACAUUGAUGAAUACAAAUAUUUAAUGUAAAAGAUACUGUAAAAGUUGUUAACAGAUAAAAGAGAACUGUUGUCUGGUGAGGAAGAGAUCACUGGAGAUAGAGUGUCAUCGGACUAUUAUUAUAAGAGAUGGAUUUGGAUCUAAUUCCCUUGGGCAUGUUUGAGUAUUAGUAAAAAAUGUGAUUAUUCUAAAACUAUCAAGCACUGUUUCUCUUCUGCCACUGAUUAUAUGAGUGUUGAAGAAGAACAUGCUUAUACAAACUCUGCUUUAAAAAUUGCUAUUGAAGCUAAGCUAAAGAAAAAAUUGAUGUAUGAUACUGAGCCAGAAGAACAACAACAAUCAAUCAUCUUGAUUCCUUAAGCCAGUGUUUUGAAUCAGCCUUAGCCAGUCAAACUAGAAUACACCUUUGACAAUUCUUAAGCCAGUAGAUAUGAUAGAAGCAAAGCUAUUCUCCCAAGAAUCGAUAGUAUCAAUGCUUCGUCUCUAAAUAUGUCCUAAGAAAAAUAUGAACGAACAAUGUUUAUCACAUAGGAUUUCACAGAUUUAGAUACUCUCAAUUAAGAAUCCAAGGGGAUCAAAAUAACAAUAGAAACUAGACCAAAUGAUGGAUAGAAUACUGUAAAAUUGUUGGAUAAAUUUAAAUCUCAAAAAGGUAGAUUAAAGUCAUUUUAAUCAUCCUCAUUAUCUUUGAAUGCAUAUUAAUAGACUGAAAUAUUCCCAAUCCUUAAGACAGACAUCCAAAAACACUCUCAAAAAUAGUUGCAUUUGUUGGAAUAAUAGGCAAAGCAAAUGAGAAAGAAGUUAGAUACUUUGACUUACGAGAAUUUAAAAUUGGCAAAGAUACUUAAAUAAUAAAAAAUCAUUGAUUUUAAUAAGGGCUACAUAAAGAAGGAGUUAUCUAAUCUAGAGGAAUUGAAGGAAACAAAGAUUGAACUCGAAAAAUAAUUAUAAGAGGCUGAAUAAUCUUAUAAAACAAGCAGUGUUUAAAAAGUAAGAGUUAUAACUAUCUUAAAAAUAUGUAAGGAUAAUAAACAAUAGAAUGAAGAAUAUAUUAGACAUUUGUAAUAGUUGAUUAAUAAUUUUAAGAAACUUAUUAGAUUUGAAGAAGUAGAAAUCCAAAAAAAUAAAUAACAGAUCAAAAUACUAUAUAGAACAAUAGAUGACUUUUUGAUCACCUAUAAUCAGAAGAAGAAGCAUCAAGGAAAUUUAAUCAACUAAAUCAGAAAUUCCUUAUUAGAGAAAACUAACCUAGAUCAUCUUUUCUAAGCAGCCGAUGCUUACAUUUAGGAUUCAGCUUUAGAGUCAGUUCAAAACUUAAGAAGAAACUAGGCUAAACAAAACGAUCUCUAACAAAAUAAGAAAUUAAAAUAGUAGCAAGAGAAAAAUACUAAGACUAUUCAUGAGAAACUUGAACUAUUUGAGAAAAAGUAUGCUUAAAUUAAAGGCAUAUUUGAUAUCAAAGAAUAAAAUUAUAGUCAUUCGACUAAUUUCCUUGAUUUCAUGGCAAAUAUUGAAAAAAAAAGUGAAUUAGAAAUAUAGUUAUCAGAGUAACAAUAGAAUUUAGAAGCUGCAAGACAAAAGAAAAUUAAAUUAGAAGAAGAAUUAUUAACAUUUUAAAAUGCCUAUUAAAUGAAUAAAUCUUAGAGUUUAUCUAAUAUUGAAGUCACUGAAAAUUGUAAUCUUAUUAUUAAUAUCAUCAGAAAAUGUCCAAUAACAAGAGAAUAACAUCUAAGUUCAGGCAGAUUAUCUAAGAAAACUAAGAGAUUUCAAAGUUAAAUGCCACUCUUCUUAUGA